GUCUGCCGCAAUAUUUGCCCUGAAAUCAUUGGGUUUUUAUAAGACGAAUGUCAUCGGAAACGUUCCCGGUAGCUUAACACGAUCGGAGUAUGUGUAUUCGGAUUUUCAGGAUAGAUACUGCAAGCCCCUCCUGGUCCCAGAAGUGCGGAAGCGGCUGUGACGGGCAGCCGGUCGUAGAUUAUGGAAGGCCAACGGGGUAGAUAUCCGUACGGUGGGAUAGACCCACUCUCGGGCUCCUGAUGUCAUGACUACACGUCCCACCUGUCAGAUACAUUUUGCUGUGCUCUCUCUCCUUAUACCAUGAUGGACAGCGACAUUGACACGGAAUCCUCAUCCGGCUGGCGGUGGUGGUGGCCAUCCUGGAGGCCAACGUCCGCAUCCCUGCUGAAAAGUGCAGAGGCAAAGAUCCUUGCGUGUCUGAAGAACAACCUGUGUGCCCGGUUUGUGACCUUGCCCAAUCAGGAGAGGAUCUGGACUCUGACAGUGACCAAUAACAGCCCUCAUAAGCGUUCCAAGGCAGACUCUCAGAUGCCCCUGGUGAUGGUCCAUGGAUUUGGGGGAGGGGUUGGGCUGUGGAUCCAGAACCUGGAUCCUCUGUGUCACUCCCGCCCGGUCCACGCUUUCGACCUGCUCGGCUUCGGCCGCAGCUCCCGGCCGCACUUCCCCUCGGACGCCACUCUGGCCGAGGAGCAGUACGUGAGCUCCAUCGAGCAGUGGAGGCAGGCCAUGGGACUGGAGCGCAUGAUCCUAUUGGGCCACAGCCUGGGUGGUUACCUGGCAACAGCCUAUGCCAUCCAGUAUCCUGAGAGGGUCACCCAUCUUAUUCUGGCAGACCCCUGGGGGUUUCCGGAACGCUCCCAGCCUGACACCGAAGUUUCCGGGAGGUCAGUCGUCAAGAGACAGGCCCCUCCCCGAUGGGUGAAGGCGCUGGCAUCAGUCGCCAGUCUGUUUAACCCUCUGGCAGUGAUUCGUGCAGCAGGACCUUGGGGACCAGGGCUGGUGAACCGAUUCCGUCCCGACUUCAGAAGAAAGUUUGAGAGUCUUUUUGAUGACGACACCAUGACUGACUACAUCUACCACUGCAACGCACAGAAUCCCAGCGGGGAGGUGGGAUUCCGCGCCAUGUGCGAGUCUCUGGGCUGGGCCAAGAGGCCGAUGCUGCAACGGGUUCACCUGCUGCCCCCAGGGUUACCCGUCACCCUGCUGUACGGAUCGCUGUCCUGGGUGGACAGGAGCUCGGGGGACCAGAUGAGGCAGGUCCGGCCUGACAGCUACACCCGCAUUGUGGUUAUACAUGCUUCUCACCACGUCUAUGCUGAUGAACCGGAGGAGUUCAACCGGGUGGUAGAGAGGAUAUGCAGCAGUGUGGAUUAGUCCUGUGUGUGUGUAUGCAUGAGUUUGUAUUUACACCGUUGUGGGGACCAAAUAUCCACACACUGAGGUAAAACCUGUUACUUUUUAGCUUGUGGGGACACUUUUUUGGUCCCCACAAGA